UAUAUAUAUAGUUUUAGAAAGAGAUUAUCUACAAGCAAAUUCUAAGGCCGAUUUCUGUUUGCUCGUUCAAAAUAGAGCUUCCAAAAUGAUCUGUUUUGCUUUCGGUACAACUACUGCUAGCCUUGCUUCUAAUGCUGUACAAUAUCGAAUUCUUGCCACCGCACCUUGUAAUCAGAUCGUGAUUAGGCGAUCAGGAAAGUACAAGCCCCCCAUAUGGGAAUUCGAUUAUAUUCAGUCCUUAAAUAGUGAAUACACGGGAGAGAGAUACAUAACAAGGGCUUCUGAGCUGAAGAUGCAAGUGAAGAUGAUGCUUGAUGAAACGAUGGAACCACUGGAACGGGUGGAAUUAAUUGAUAACUUGGAGAGGCUGGGAAUAUCUUACCAUUUCGAGGAUGAAAUUGAGCAUAUAUUGGCUUUCAGAAACAGAAAAUAUAGCAAAAAUAAUGAGCCAAAGAUCAAGGAUUUAUAUGCUACUGCUUUGGAAUUUAGACUACUAAGACAACAUGGCUUUAAUGUCUCUCAAGAUAGAUUUUAUAUCAAGAAUGAGAAGGGUGAUUUCAAGCCAAGCUCAUGUAAUGAUACAAAGGGAUUAUUACAACUGGAUGAAGCUUCUUUCUUGUCAAUAGAAGGUGAGAGUACUCUGGAAAUGGCAAGAGAAUUCACUAUCAAACAUCUCGAGGAUAAAAGUGUUGACGACAUUCAUUGUGAUCCAUUGGUGCACCAUGCCUUGGGGAUUCCACUGCACUGGACCAUACCUCAGGCUGAAGCAAGGUGGUUCAUAAACAAAUAUGACAAGAGCCCAGACAUGAAUCCAAUUCUUCUCCAACUUGCAAAACUGGAUUUCAACACAUUUCAAGCAAAAUAUCUUGAGGAACUAAAAUAUGUCUCCAGGUGGUGGAAGAGAACAUGCCUUGCCGAAAAGUUGCCAUUUGCUAGGGAUAGGCUGGUGGAAAGUUUCUUCUGGAGUAUUGGAGUACUAUUUGAACCACAAUAUGGAAUUUCUCCAAUAGAUGCAACCAAAGUAAAUAUUUUUAUUACAGUUACGGAUGAUAUAUAUGAUGUAUAUGGUACGUUAGAAGAAUUGGAACUUUUUACAUUCAUCAUUGAAAGAUGGGACGUCAAUGCAAUCGAGCAACUUCCAGAUUACAUGCAAAUUUUCUAUCUAGCACUCAACAACAUCGUCAAUGAAAUGGCUUACGGCGUUCUCAAAGAAAAAGGGAUCGUAAUUAUUCCAUAUUUAAGAAAAGUGUGGAUAGAUUUAUGCAAAGCAUACUUACAAGAGGCAAAAUGGUGCUUUAGUGGAUACACCCCAACAAUGGAAGAGUAUAUGGAAAAUGCAUUGAUUUCAAUAUCAGCUCAUGUAAUACUGUCAAAUUCUUUUUUCUCUGUUACCAAUCCAAUAGAGAAAGAAGCCAUUCAGUGCUUAGAGAAAGAUCCUGAUAUAGUUCGCUGGUCGGCUACGAUUUUAAGGCUUGCAGAUGAUUUAGCAACAUCAUCGGAUGAAUUGGAAAGAGGCGAUGUUCCUAAAUCAAUACAAUGUUACACGAAUGAAACUGGUGCUUCCGAAGAUGAGUCACGCAAACACAUAAGGUUUUUGAUAUGCGAGACUUGGAAAAAGAUUAACAAAGAUCGAGAUGCAAAUUGUCCAUUCUCACAAAAAUUCAUUGAAAUUGCAGUGAAUCUUGCUCGAAUGGCACAAUACAUGUACCAGUAUGGAGAUGGACAUGGAAUUCAAAAUCGUGAAACUAAAGAUCGCAUUUUAGCAUUAAUAUUUGAGCCCAUUCCCCUCAAGUAGAGUUCGAAAUUCAUUUGUGGUAGGAAUGUUGUUUUCACACUUGCAAGUUACACUGUAUAUUAACU